CCCCAGUGAAACUAAUACAGUGAUCAGUGCUAAUAAAAAGCACUGACACUGUACUAAUGACACUGGCAGGAAGGGGUUAACAUCUGGGGCAUUUAAAGGGUUAACUGUGUGCUGUUUUACUGUGUAAGCACGUUGCUUUGUAUUGCUCUGCUAUGCAGAGCAAUACAAAGCAGUGUGCAGGAGCUGACAGGGGAGAGAUCUGUAUUGUUUACAUACAGACCUCUCCCCCGUCAGUGAUACUCAGUAAUCGCCAGGUGCCGGCGGGAACCACGCCCAGGACCCAGUGAUCGACAUCUGAGGCCGC